CAACCAGGGCCGCACUGGAGAUGGAUGGUGAUAGCUCCACGACAGAUGCUUCUCAGUUAGGAAUUGCUGGGGAUUACAUUGGUGGCAGUCACUAUGUGAUACAGCCUCAUGAUGACACAGAGGAUAGCAUGAAUGAUCACGAAGAUACAAAUGGCUCAAAAGAGAGUUUUAGAGAACAAGAUAUAUAUCUUCCAAUUGCAAAUGUGGCAAGGAUAAUGAAAAAUGCCAUACCCCAAACAGGAAAGAUUGCUAAGGAUGCAAAAGAAUGCGUGCAAGAGUGCGUAAGUGAAUUCAUCAGCUUUAUAACGUCAGAAGCAAGUGAGAGGUGUCACCAAGAGAAAAGAAAGACCAUCAAUGGAGAGGAUAUUCUCUUUGCCAUGUCAACCUUGGGGUUCGACAGCUAUGUUGAACCUUUGAAGUUAUACCUCCAAAAAUUCAGAGAGGCAAUGAAAGGAGAAAAGGGAAUUGGGGGAACAGUUACAACUGGAGACAGUCUAAGUGAGGAGCUCACAGAGGAAGCAUUUACUAACCAGUUGCCAGCAGGCUUAAUAACUACAGAUGGCCAACAGCAGAAUGUUAUGGUCUACACAACAUCAUAUCAACAGAUCUCUGGUGUUCAACAAAUUCAGUUCUCAUGAUUUGAAGAUAACUUUGUAUCUGGGAACACAAGACGGAAAAGCUGUGCGACUCUAACGAAGAGGCAGUUUUAAUGACUGGUGAAGAGAUUUAUCUCUUUGUAUAUUAAAUAGCUGUAAUGUAGCUACCAGAAGCUUGACUAAUUGAGGUGUGAGUUCUGACUCAAAUCUUUU